AUGUACACAUGGGCCCGGCGGGGGCACGAAGCGCUGGAACCCCGCGGCCAUUGUGACACGGCGGACCCGGAGUCUUGUCACCAGGGCGCCGCUGCCACCAACAGCGCCGUCCCCGCUGCCGCCGCCCCACCGCACCGGCCCCGGGCGCCCACCUCGGCCGCGUUCCGCAGCCCCGGGCCCAAGUACGGCAUCCCCGGCGGCAUCGGUGAGUGCGGGGCGGCGGGGCCCGGGGGGCGCCGGGCCCGGGGGCGCCGAGUCCCACCGAGCCCCCGCUCGCCCCCAGGCAGAGACCCCCGCGACCCCUCCGGCCGCCGCGCCCCCGCCUACAGCUUCGGGCUGCGGCUGGGGGGCCCCGAGGAGCCGCGCUCGCCCGGCCCGCAGUACCUGGUGCCCGCCGGCUGCACCGCCCGCGGCCGCGACCGCGGACCCGCCUUCACCAUGGGCGGCCGCGCCCGGGAGAGCCGGGCCAGCAGCACGCCCGGGCCAGCGCAUUAUUUCCCGGAGCGGGCCAACAGGGUGACCCUGCCCUCGGCCCCCGCCUGCUCCAUGCGGGCCCGCAGCCGCACGGACAAAGCCCCGCCGACGCCAGGGUGCGGGGUACAGGCAUCCAGGGGGUGCCAUCAGCCGCCCCUGUCCCCGCAGACCCCCGGACCCAACAACUACGGCGCCGUGGACACCAACGUGUACAUGGCGCGGGCGCCCCGCUGCACCUUGGCGGGGCGGAGCCGCCCCAGCCCGGCCUCCGGAACGCCCGGCCCCAGCGACUACUACCCCAAGCAGGACCGGAGAAAAGGCCAGAGCUUCGGUGUGCGCUACUCGGAGUGCGUGGUCCCCGUGAUGGACCCGCGCCCGUAGGCGGCGGGGACGGGGGGACGCCGGCCGCGUGUGACAAACACGAACCGCAGCAGCACCG